GCUUCUUCUCAUUUCUAUCCACUCUGGUCUCUCCCCUCUGCUGGCCUGCCUGCCUGCCUGCCUUGCCAACCAAGCCAUUCGGUCUGACCUUCCCAGACUUAUUUCAUCCGAAAGAAGAAAAAAACUACUUCAAAUUUCAGAAUGUCGGCUUAUAAUAAGUCCACCAGUUACACUGUGAGGAGUUCUUCUGGCCCACGGAGCUUCAGCAGUAAUUCCUACGCUGGACCAAGUGUCUCUUCCCGGAGGAGCUACAGUGUCAAAAGUUCCUUCGGAGGAGGCAAUAGGGGCUUUGGAGGAGGUGCUGGCAUCACCAGCAGCUCUGCCUAUGGCCUGGGCUCAAGCAUGAGUGGUGCAGGCAUGGGCAUGGGUGGAGGCUACGGCGGUGGCAUGGGUGGAGGCUACGGCGGUGGCAUGGUUGCUCAGGCCCCCAUCACCGCCGUGACUGUGAACAGGAGCCUGCUGGCCCCCCUGAACCUCGAGAUUGACCCCGCCAUUCAAGUGGUCCGCACCCAGGAGAAGGAACAGAUCAAGACUCUCAACAACCGAUUUGCUUCCUUCAUUGACAAGGUCCGCUUCCUGGAGCAGCAGAACAAAAUGCUGGAGACCAAGUGGAACCUGCUGCAGGGACAGACCACCACCCGCUCCAACAUCGACGCCAUGUUUGAGGCCUACAUCUCCAACCUGCGCAGACAGCUUGACAGCCUGGGCAACGACAAGAUGAAGCUGGAGGCUGACCUGCACAACAUGCAAGGCCUGGUCGAGGACUUCAAGAAUAAGUAUGAAGAUGAGAUCAACAAGCGCACAGAGUGUGAGAAUGACUUCGUCCUCAUCAAGAAGGAUGUCGAUGAGGCCUACAUGAACAAGGUUGAGCUGGAGGCCAAGCUGGAGAGUUUGACAGAUGAGAUCAACUUCCUGAGGUCGAUCUAUGAGGAGGAACUGCGUGAGCUCCAGAGCCAGAUCAAGGACACCUCAGUCAUUGUGGAGAUGGACAACAGCCGCAACCUGGACAUGGACUCCAUUGUGGCUGAAGUCAAGGCUCAGUAUGAGGACAUCGCCAACCGCAGCCGCGCAGAGGCAGAGACAUGGUACAAGACCAAGUAUGAAGAGAUACAGACAUCCGCCAGCAGAUAUGGAGAUGACCUGAGGGCUACCAAGACAGAGAUUGCAGACCUGAACCGCAUGAUCCAGAGACUGACAUCAGAGAUUGACGCCGUCAAGGGACAGCGUGGCAACCUGGAGGCAGGAAACUGCUGGAGGGAGAGGAGGACAGGCUGGCAAAUGGCAUCAAGGCUAUCAACAUCUCCCAACAGAGCACAAGCUACGGAGGCUUUCCCAUGGACAGCAUGAAGAGCAGCUACUCAAGUGGCUACUCCAGCGGUUUCAGCAGCGGAUAUGGUGGCGGCAGUGCAUAUGGCAGCGGCAGCGGAUAUGGCGGCGGAUUCGGCAGCAGCUCGGGCGGCUUCAGCAGCGGCAGCGGCUACAGCACCACCACCCAGAGCAAGAAAAACGUCGUUAUCAAGAUGAUUGAGACCAAGGAUGGCAGAGUGGUGUCUGAGUCCUCCGAGGUCAUUGAGGAUUGAGCUGUCUAGUUAAGAGGUGUAGCUACCUGUCUGCUAUCUCCUCUCUGGUAGUUUUAUACUCACAGUUCACCCCCAGCACCCCUCAACUAUUGUAAUAAACAAGUCUGAAGUAAAAUGCUUGCCAGCCACUCUCCAGUUGAGCCUAAUUGUUUUUCAUGAAGCAAUAAAUGAUCCUAACACUACCAAAGAUCUGAAAGGGACCAAAGAAUUUAUUUUGUAUGUCUGAUGUCUGACUGUCUGUACUAAAAGAGUAGUUUUGUCUCAGAAAGAGAGCUAAAAACUGGGCGAAUUCAUACACUCCCUUGAAAUAAACAACAGAUAUUCUAUACACGGAAGGCUGUUUCCUUCAAAACGGUGUUGCAUCAAAUGGACUGUGGUGUGAAGGAAUGUGAAUGUAAUGAAACAGUGCUUCAGCACUGAUGGUCAACUAAUGUCAUAAAAUUGCCUGCUACAGUAGGUAGUGCAUGUCUUCCCUGUGCGUGUCCUGUAACUGAAACUGUUCGACCCCUUAGGAGGCUGCCCACGUCAAACUGUUGUCCUGAGGUGCUGUUUUUGCUACCAAUAAAAAUGUGUUUACUGAAAAGAAAA